GAUUUCUCGUUGGUGUGAUGUCUCGAAGGUUUCUCUCUCCUGCAUUAAACGGAGAAAGGAAAUACGAGAUAAAUAGAGAGAGAGGAGAGAGAGAAAGAGCAAUGCGAUCUAUGUUCGACCGCUGGAACGACAACGUUUCUACCUUUGCGAAUAUAAUCAGUCUCUGAAGAAGUGGAGCAAGGCAGAUAUUUAUCGUGGUCUUGAUCUAUAUGCUUGAACAUAAAGCAUGUAGUGUGAUUCUUGGUGAUUAAGGAUAUUAUACGUUCUGUAUUAGCGUCUUGUUUCUCAGAUGCGGGAAUCAAAUAAUCCCAUUAGAUUGCAUCGCUGAGACGGAGCAACAUCACCAUGGGGACAGGAGCAAGCAGUGCAUCCUCCCGCUCACCCUCCCCGGAAUAUGCCCAGAACCAGCGCAAUUCCAUGCGCCAGCACCUUGACACAGAAGAAGACAGAAAGAAUUCCCUCAACGUAACGGUGGAUAGAGAGAAGUGGAAAGGACAAAAUGUGAUUUGUAAUGAUGUGGCUCCUAUUGUUAUCAGUAAGGACUGUUUUGAGGAGUACCAGUGUCUGUUCCUUGCAGAGAAGCAGAUGUCCGUUGUAGGGGCCAUCAAAAAGGGGAUGCCCGAACACAAUUUGAUACAGGAAAAAUAUUUCAUGGUUGCUGACCAUUUCAAAGACAUGGAUGAACUAAACACGACGGCUAAGUAUGGAGCGCCAAACUUUCGUAAAGCUCAUGGAGGAUACCCUGUGUAUGGCAUGGGGCAGCCGUCUUCUGAUGGGCUGAGACGAGUCAUGGAGUAUCUUGAACAUGAAAAGUAUUCGGACAUUCUCUUGAUCAACAUCAGGCAUGAACCAGUUGUGUUCCUUAAGCGUGGCAAGGAUUACGUUUCGUUCACACCGCGCGAGAGGGAAAACCUGACGAGGAACAUCACCACGUGUACUGAUGUGGAUGAUGUAGUGGCCCAGGAAGCAGCAAUACGUAAAGAGAUUGUGAAGUUUGCGCUGGUUAACAAGGACAACAAGUUUGCCUUUUACAAUGACAUCGAGGACCUUUCAGAUGAACCUCACUUCCACCAGCUCAAAUAUAUUGAGGAUAUCAAAACAACCAGUGAGGUCUACAGUCUUCAUUCGGUUGGUUUCCGCAAUGCGUUUUUCACACGGAUACCCAUGUCGUCGUCCAAAGCCUCCAUAAAUGAACCCAUUGACCAGCUCUUGAAUGCAGUUAAGGAGGUGCCCUCGCUGUUCAGCAGUGAGGAAUCACUGCUACCAAUCCUCGUCUUCACCGGUCACAUGGGAUCGGGCCGGACCACCUUCGCUAUGUGUCUGGGCAUCUUAAUCGUGGCACAUCAGAGGGGUUUUCCAGCUCAUGUUUAUGAUCCGUACACCUCUACUGAGGAAUCACCCAAAGUGGCCCUCGGGGAGUUCUGGGCCAUCAUGAAGGUCUGUAGUCUACUUCCAGAUGGUAUGAAGCGAAAGAGAGAGGUGGAUUCAAUCCUGGAUGUAUGUACGGACAUGGGCAACAUACGAGAGAAGAUUGUUGAAUGCCAUCACAAGCUUCAAGAAAUACAGGAAGAUUACCAAAUAGCGGGUCAGAGUGCCCGUGAAUACUACUUGGAGAGCGCUCUAACAUAUCUUGAGCGAUACUGCUAUCUCAUUAUCUUCAAUAGCUACCUACAUGAACAGUUCCAGCAGUGUUUCUGCAAAUCCUUCACCUCUUGGAUGAGACAACGGCCAGAAUUACAUACAGCCCUUGCUCAUAUCAAUUCAACGGAGAGAACAGCGCCACCAGAGCUUAUCACCAAAGGCUUGCGAUUCUUGGUUGCAGAUGAUUACGUUGGUCUGGAUGUCCUCAGCUCUCAGCGAGAGGUUGGAACCUCAAACUUCCGCAAAGUGCCUGGCUUACCGGUUUAUGGUAUGGCCCAACCUAGCAGUAAGGGACUCGAUAGGGUUUGUCAGUAUCUCCUUUCCAAGAAACAUGGCCAUUCCUCCAUUCAUUCCUUCAAUCUACGAGGAGAGAUGAUCAUCCAGUGUGAUACCACCACCUAUACACCCAGGGAACUGGCAUCUCUUGAUAAGAAUAUAUCCAUUGCUGGCUUUACAGAGAGAGAUGUAGAGAAAAAGGAGAUACAGCUCAAGAAUGAGAUCUUACGAUCAAAACGUACAAUACAGGUAUACACGGAUAUAGCUGAACCCAAGAAGAACCUGCAAUUUGAAUCGGUGACCACGUUACAUGAGAUGUAUGACGACCAAAUAAAAGAGACGCCACAGCUGCACUACUAUAGGAUAGUAGGAGGAUUUCAACGAAGCGGACCGUUAGAAAAGACUAUGAACAGGAUUGUAUCUGUGGUGAAGGAUUUAGAUGAUAUCUUCACGGACGAGGACGGCCCCGCCCUUCUAUUCAAUUGCCAGACUGGGAAAGAGCAGACAACGGUUGCCAUGGCAAUUGCUGGUCUCAUCAUUUGGCACAAGAAGGGGUUUCCCGUCGGGACCAAAUUAGGCGAGCAAGAAAGGAUAAGUGUGCCCCAAGCCGAGUACACCAAAGGCGAAUUCUCGGCUGUGCGUAAACUGGUGAUGCGGUUGCCCCAUGGGACCCAGGUCAAACGAGAGGUUGACCUCAUGCUUGACAAGUGCUCCGAGACCAUGACCCCAAUGCACUUUCACCUUCGAGAGGUCAUCUUCUCCAUGUUUAACAAGCUGAAGACGGCAAAGGGGGAGGAGGUAGAUAGCUUGCACCAGCAGAGUUUAGACAACCUCGAGCGCUACAUCUACCUUAUCCUCUUCAAUUCUUACCUGCAUAUGCACAGAUCUACAAACUGGGAGAUGCCCUUUCAGUAUUGGAUGAAAACUGUUGGUUACAAAGUGGGUGCAUACGAUAUCUUGGACCAGCUUUCGUUUGGUGAAUUGGACAUUGAAUCUCGCUUCGGCUCUAGUUCCAUGCGGGAUAGAUGGUGCCGGGAGAUUAAUCCCAAAUCAAUCGUCCGAGGUUACAUCGUUUGAAACAUCCGUCAAGAAUUCAAGAAGAGUGCUGGUGGCAUGUCUCAUGUCUAAGGAAUUGACCUGGAUUCAGCGUUAAAACAGCCAAAUUUGAUCUAACUUGUGAACAUAAUUCUGUAAUUUUUGAACAAGACCUCUACCUUUAAAACUGUGCUAUUCUCAAAAAGAUCUAAUUGAAUGAAACGGCCAACAGCAACCUCAAUGUGUAAAGACUACUUUUCUCAGACUUAUAAUUUCCAUGCCAUGUCUUGAAAGACCCAAACUAGUUUGACAUUUAAUGCAUGUAGUUUGGCUGUACUUCAAACAAGUGUCAUGUAACAGUUUUAUAUGCCAAUCCCAGCUCUUUAAUGCCAUGGCUGGUAUUCAAUUCAGUAGAUGAAGGAAUUGCAUUAAUUUUUUUUCAGUAUUCCUCUGAAGUAAAAUACUUAACCAGCUGUGCUCUUCAAUUAUCCCUUUAAGCCGAGUAUUUUUCUUAAAUUUAAGUCAGCCCCAUUCCUGGAUAACUUAUGUCCAGUUUACAAAGGUUCAUUUGUACAGUCAUACACUGCAUAGAUGGAUACUUACAUUGGGCAUUAUUUGGCUUAGACUUCAUGACGUCACCAUGGUUAUUUUUGAAGGUCGAGUCCAUCCCUGAAAAAUG